AUGAUUAUCAUCAUUAUCACAACUAUCACCAUCACCAUUAUCGCCACCAGCAUCGUCGUCAUCCCUAUCAUUAUCGCCAUCAUCAUCACUAGCAUGAUCAUCAUUAUCAUCACCAUUGUUAACAGUAUCACGACCAUCAUCAUGCUUAUCACUAUUACCACUAUCAUCACCACGAGCACCAGUACCAUCACCAUCACCUCUAUCGUUCUCACCCCCAUCAUCAUUACCGCUACCACCAUCAUCACCAUCAUCAUGACGUCGUCAUCAGCAUAG